AUGCCUACCAAAUACUACGCUAUGCACGACUUCCACGAAUACUACUCAGGCGCCCGGGUAGCUCCCUAUCUGACCAUAUUCAUCGGCGGCAACCACGAGGCGAGUAACUACAUGUGGGAGCUUUACUACGGCGGCUGGGCAGCCCCCAAGAUCUACUACAUGGGCGCCGCCAAUAUCGUGCGACUGGGUCCUCUCCGUAUCGCUGGCCUGUCGGGUAUAUGGAAAGGGUACAACUACAAGAAGCCACACUACGAGCGCCUGCCGUACAACAGUGACGACGUGAGGAGCAUAUACCACGUGCGCGAACUCGAUGUGAGGAAGCUAUUGCAAAUACGCACACAAGUCGAUAUUGGACUGAGUCACGACUGGCCGCGCGGCAUGGAGUGGAAGGGUGACUUCAAGCAGUUGUUUAGAUGGAAGCCUGAUUUCGAACAAGAAGCCAAAGACGGAACCCUUGGCAGCGUCGCGGCCACUACUGUACUGGAGCGACUGCGCCCUGCCCACUGGUUCAGUGCUCACAUGCACACCAAGUUCGCUGGCCUGUGGGAACAUGCGCAGGCGCAAUACGCCAGCGCUGAGCAUGAACCCACAAACGGCUCGGAGCCAACUAAGAACACCGAAGAAAUUCAAUUGGAGGUCCCAGACGAAGAGCCGGUUGCAGCACCCAAAAACGAUGCUGAAAUCGAUCUUGACAUGGACGAUGUGGAUGAGCCUACGGCUGGACGUGCUGGUGCAGAUACCAAUAGUACUUCUGGUAAUGCAAAUGGCACCUCAGAAGUGCCGCAAGAUCUCAGGGAUCUAUUGCCUGCUUCUUUCGCACGUCCCAAGUUCGAACCUAUACCUACCUUGCCAUUUCCAUCGGGCAUCACAAACAAAACGACGAGGUUUCUGGCACUUGACAAGUGUCUACCGAAGAGAAGCUUCCUCCAACUACUAGAGGUAGCACCUCAUUCUCCUGCGCAACUCCAACGGCCAUUGCAGCUCGAGUAUGACCAUGAAUGGCUCGCUAUUACACGCGUGUUCGCGACAGACUUGCAAGUGGGUGACCCGCAUGCACGUGUGCCCGCAGAUAAGGGCGAUGUGCACUAUCGACCGCUGAUAGAGGAAGAAAUGAAAUGGGUUGAAGAGAACGUCGUCAAAGCUGGAAAGAUGACGAUACCUGAGGACUUCGCGCAGACUGCUGAAGUCUUUGAGCCUGCGCUGGGUAUCCAUGUUCAAGAAGAUCCACAAGAGUACAGCAAUCCCCACACUCAAGCAUUCUGCGAGUUACUACAAAUACCCAACGCCUUUCACGCGUCAGAUGAGGAGCGAGGUCAAAUGAUGAAGAACGGCCCAAGACCUGAAGAACAACGGUCAGAUCGCGGCGGCGGAGGUCGCGGAGGCUCCAGAGGUGGACAUAGAGGGCGUGGAGGUGGUCGCGGGAGAGGUCGCGGCGGCGGAGGCCGCGGCGGAAGUCGCGGACGUUGGUGA